CAAUAUGUUUGUACUCACACAAACACAGAAAGAGAGAGAAGGAGAUGGAGACGAUGAAAGGGGAAGUGGUACUGAACAUCCCGUCGGAGAAAGCUUGGGAAAUGUACAGAAACAAUGAAAUCCUUAGCAAAAUCAAUCCUGAUUUGCUUUCUGCCGCUGAAUACAUUCAAGGUGAUGGUGCCCCUGGCAGCUUGAGGCUUUUCAAGCUUGGUCCUGCUAUAAGGAAUUAUGUGAAAGAAUCCGUGGAGAAGAUAGAAAAGGUGGAAACGGGAAGGUCGGUGACAUAUGAAGUGAUAGGAGGGGAUUUGAAGGAGAUGUAUGAUCCUUACAGAGUCACUUUCUCAUUCAUUCCUAUUGAAGGAGAUAACAACGUUAACAAAUGCAUUGCUGAAUGGAAGGCUGAGUUCAAGGUGUCCGCACCGGCCACUCCGCCACCUGAAAAGGCCAAGGAUGCUGCUCUCCGGUUCCUCAAGUCCUUUGAUAACUUUCAGCUAAGCUACUAGCAGAUCAUACAUGCACGUCAUAUCAUUGUCUAUAUAUUAUGUUCACUAUAAUUAUUAUGACUCUUUUGGAAUGAAAUUAGACGUGAAACUGUAUUCCAUAUUAAAUAAAUUGAAAACAAAAACGUGUGGUUUGUUUGUAAUCUCA